AUGUCUUUCAAGAUCCCGCCACCACAACAACAAUAUCACUCUCAGAAUCCUUACCCGGCCACCGCCGUUCCCCCCGGGGCGGAUCUUCGUCUGGCGCAGAAACUUCAGGACGAAGACGCGCCGCCUUUACCACCAAUACCCGAAAAUCAUCAAUAUAAUCAUUAUCCUUCAUAUCAGAACAACUUGAGUCACUGUCAUCACCACAAUCCAUCGGUGAUUUAUGCUUCACCGAAUCAACCGCCGUUGCCAUAUGUCCAACCGGGGCCUUAUGCGAACGGCGUUGGUUACUAUUAUUCAACGCAAUCUCACCCAUUUUAUAACGCACAAGCUUCACAUCAGCAUGCUCCAUACCGAUCUGUGGAAGAGGAAGACAAUUCACCCAACUGCUUAACCGGAUUGUAUGAACGUUUCAUUUCUGUCAUUUUGAUUUUUGCGGUUAUCACGCCAUUGCUUCCCUCUUGUGUUAUUGCUGUUCGCUUCUCGAGGAUUAAGGAACGUGCGAGUCCCGGAGACAUCGUACUACCUUACAUCAUUGUUAUCAUUGUAGCUGUUCUGUACUUUAGAAAUGAUUUUCAU